GCCUCUCAAUCAUUCCUUUUCUUUUUCUUUUUCAUUUGCUUAAAACGAUCGGGCCACAGUUUUAAGCUUAGCGGAGAGAGAGAGAGAGAGAUGGGUAGCUGCAGCGGCAUGGCAUCGGCUGCCUCGAGGUUCUUGUUAAUGCCCAAUCUCACCGGCACUGCUGCUUCUAAGACCAAUAACAUCAGCAUGCUCUUUUCCCCUUCCAGAAACAACUACUACAAUAGCUCAAGGCUCGUCGUAAGGGCGGCUGAGGAGGAGGCUUCGCCACCAGCACCAACACCAGCAACCACCACUGCGCCACCAGAAGGUGGUGAAGCCCCUAAGCCUAAACCACCACCGAUUGGACCAAAAAGAGGAACCAAGGUGAGGAUCCUUAGAAGGGAGUCCUACUGGUACAAUGGCUAUGGAUCCGUUGUUACAGUUGACCAGGACCCCAAGACUCGGUACCCGGUGGUGGUUCGAUUCAACAAAGUCAACUAUGCCAAUGUAUCUACCAACAACUAUGCACUGGAUGAGAUUGAAGAAGUUAAAUGAGAUUAGUCCAUCAAGUCUUUGUAAUUUUAUGUUGUAUUUUGUAUCAUAUUACAACCUCACAAUUCAUAUACUAAUGUAAUGUCUAUAUAAAUUUAAUCCUUUCCUUCUCAUUCCAA